AUGAGUUUUAGUGCUAUAUUACCGCCUGAUGCUCUGAGAGCUUUUGGAUAUGGUUUAGAUGCACUGGUCAAAUUUGGCGAUGAACUACAUAUUGAAGCGAAAAAAGAUCAAUUAAUUCUUUGGACUGUUAAUACUUCGAUCACUGGUCAGGCUGUCAUUCUUUUAUCACCAAAACUAUUCGACAAAUAUACAAUUCGACCUUUGACUAACUCUCAUAGUGCUUCCUGUCGUGUUUUACUCAAGACAUUGCGAAAGAUCUUUAGAAAUAACAAACAUAGCUCCAGUAAUAUUAAACAAUGUGAACUGAAAUUAAUAGGUGGAUCGCGUGAUGGAUCGAUUGGAUCAGAAUUACGACUUCAUCUUCGAUUUGGAUAUGAAAAUGGUAAAUAUAAUCCAAUGUAUAUCUUUGAUAUUGAUUAUAAUAAUUCUCUGUUAGGUAUGACCAAGACAAAUUCUUUAUGGUAUGGGGAUAUUCAAUCAACUAGGCCAUUGUCAUCUACAAACAUGCCAUAUUCAUUCUCUAUUGAUGCUGAACUUUUACAUGACCAUCUAUCAUUGAUGGAUUCUCGUAUUCAAGAUAUAUCAUUUAUAUUUACUCGUGAUCAUGUCAUAGCCAAGGCCUAUUUGGAAUCCUUUGUUGGACGAGAUACUAGUAAACCUAUGCAAAGUCAAUUCAAGAUAUCAAGUCAUGACUUUGUUUCCUAUAAUGUCGAUAACCCUGUUACUUUAAUUAUCAACUUGAAAGAUCUUAAGACGGUAGUCAAUUAUGGUAUUGAUACUGGCGAUAUAUUACAUGGUACAUUUGAAGGAAGCGGCAAACCUUUGGUAUUUAUCGUGAAACAACAAGAUUUAGUUUACGCCAAUUUCACUAUCAUGACACAAUUGGGUGAUGAAGAUGUCGAGUCAGCGAAUGUCAGCAUGAGCAAUAUAUCCGUAAAUACAGGCGAUAGUGAACUCUCCAUAUCAAGGCAAUCUCUCUCACGUCAUGACCAACGCAUCCGAUCCUCUUCAACAGAAUCGUCAUCUUCACGACAAGAAGAAAGAGUCGUCCAGCCGAGUGCAUCGUUAGAAAUGAUGCCACCUUCUUUUGGAAAGCAGAAAACAGCAAGAACGCGUGACUCAACAAACAACAGUGAUGAUCAACUAUUCCCUUUUCGGUCGCCAUCAUUAGGACCAAACAAUGUAACACGAUCCACACCUCCCCAACAACGACAUGAACAAACCAAACAAGAUGAUGGAUCAACAACUGAUGAUGAUAAUGAAGAACUCUUCCCACCUGCUAUAGAUCAUCCCAAGAGAAAAAGGUUUUUUUCAUCCACAUGA